UAUUGCAUCUGUUCUGUUGUAGUGCUUCGUCUGAGAGGCUGCAUCUGCGAUAUUACGGAGAUUAAAACUAGAAUACCGGAAAACAGAGAUUUCCCCAAAAAAAAACUCCUUCAAACAAUUAGCUUUAUUUUUUUCCGGCAAGCGUAUUUUUAGACUUGUGCAGGAAACUCGCUUGGAUACAUUUGAAGAUCAAAACAUCGCUUGGCUGUCGUUCAAAGGAUCUAAAGGUUGCAGACAGCGUGAAGGAAGUAAAACGCUGAAAAUGCAGGGACAUUUUCGACAAUUCAUCGUCUUCGGCGUUUUUCUGUAAUCGAGACAUUGUACAAAGGCUAGAUUCAUGCUCCUCGAGCAAAGAUAAACUGCUGAGGUUGAGUUGCAGAAGUGUAAUCUGAAACACCUAACACUGGGGAAAACUGGUCUGAGUAGGACAAGGUUAGCUCAACCAACGCACUGACGCAGAGUUGGCCGAAUCAUAAAAGUGAAAUUCCAUUAUUGAACUAACCGUACUCACAGUUUUUCAGUCGGUAAUGUCUUAAGUGUCUUCUUGAGUUUCAUACCGAAUGACGCGGAAGGUAGUUAAAUGGCAGUUAUUUUAAUAGCCUUAAAGAGAACGAGCACAAAUGCAUCUGUGAGUCGGAUUUAAAGAUAGAUCCCGCAGCACGCAAGGAGCGGUCUUUUGGAGUUGAUGUGUAAUUCGCGAUGUCGUGUUUUGCGUCCGUGUAAUCUGUCCUCUCAGCAUUACUCCACAAACAGAUGAAAUUGAAACCGAAACAAUAUAAUCUUCCGCACUCGAAAAGAGACGAUUUCGUAAACGUUACUACGCAAAGACGCGCUGGUACAGGUGUAGUUAGUUCUUUUACCGUCGGUUCCGCAUUAAGGUAGUCCAGUUUGGAAAGCUUUGUGUAAAACUUGAAAAAAACUAUCGACCCCGAAGCCGUCAAACGAUAGGCGGCGAAUAUCAGUUGGAAUUCGGCGGUUAACCGCAACAGUAAAUAGAAACAGUAAAUUAUCUCCAGCGGUCGCUGAAGCAGGUUCUCAAUGGUGGGAUUCGGUGCGAAUCGGAGGGGCGGUCGCCUGCCGUCCUUCAUCUUGAUCGCCUUGUUGGUGAUCAUCCUCGUCCUCUCUUUCAACUACUGGACGGUGUCCAGCAAGCACACGCGCCUGCUGGACGAGCUGGCCGAGGUGCAGGCGCAGGUGAAGCGCACGGACGCCGCGCGCAGCCGCCUGGAGAAGCGGAACUCGGAGCUGAUCGUGCAGGUGGACACUCACCGCAAGCAGAUCGACCAGAAGGACGGCGACUAUGUCACGCUGGAGAGCAAGCUGCAAGCCCUGGAGUCGCAGGCUAAGAAGUGCGCGGACGAGAAGACGAAACUCCAGAGUGUCCAGUCGACCCAGCGCUCGGAAAUCCAGCGGCUGCAAGAGCAGCUGGAGGAGCUGCGGCAGGAGUUUAUGAAGCUGGAGGAUCAGCUGCACGAGACCAAGAAGAACAGCACCUUCCUGGAGAAGAAGCUGGAGUAUGAGAGCCUGCAGUGUGGACAGCAGAUCGCAGAGCUGAAGUCUGAGUAUGAGGAGAAGAUGAAGAGAGCGGUGGGCGACGCCGAGGACAUUCAGCGGAACAAAGUCAAUCACCCUGCUUCCACACACUCUUUGAAGGAGGACCGAGCAGGCCCUGCUGGCAGUGACACUGAGCACGCUGAUGGCCUGCACACAGAGGCCACCCACAAACUGGACAGCGGAGAGCAGAAAGGCGUCGUCAAGCAUGGCAGUGACGCCGGGAUGCCCGGAAUUGAGGACAGCGAAGUGGGCAAAGUUGAGGACAUGCAUUUCGCCCUGAAGAAGCCGGCGAUCACGCUGAUGAAGCCGGAGGCGGGCGGGGCCGAGGCCGCGAGGGAGAGGCCGGCUGGAGGCCGCGAGGGCGCGCAGGGAGAGCCGCGGGGCCUGGAUGCCCCGAAGGUCGGCGCCGAGCAGUACGCGGAGCCGGGCAACGCUGACCAGCAGCAGCAGGUGGCGCCGCAGCCCGCGGCGGAUAACCCCAGGAUGUUCGAGGACGGCAAAGCUGGGCUCAAGGCGGACGAGCUGGGAGAGCGCAGGAGGCAGAUGAGAGCUCCCAUUAAUGACAAGCCUGACCAUCGUGCUGCCAAAGAUGGGGGGCUCCAGCUUCCCCCCAAUCCCGUGCAGGUGCUGCCACAGCCCAAUGAGCACCAGGCCGGCCAGGACCAGCAACCCGCCGACCCCCCCCAGCACAGACAGAGCCGGUUCUUUGAUGAGAACGAGUCCCCUGUAGAUCCGCAGCAUGGCUCUAAGCUUGCGGACUACAACGGGGACGACGGUAACGUGGGUGAGUAUGAGGCGGACAAGCAGGCCGAGCUGGCCUACAAUGAGGAAGAGGAUGGUGAUGGUGGGGAAGAAGACGUCCAAGAUGAUGAAGAUCGAGAACUUCAAGGAGACCGUGCUAUAGAUUAUGGAAAACGACACCAAGCCAAUGAUAUCCUAUAAGCCUGUGACUGGAAUCAUCUUUUCAGGAAGAUUUAAGACUCUGGAGUAAAAGAGACAGGCAAAAAAAAGAAGUUGAUAAUUUCUUGGCCUUCUAUUUCACUGGUGCUUUAGGUCUGAUUUCUGGUGGGCUGUCUCUUAAAUUGAGGAGGUGGCAGCUAUAUAGUCCUUUUUUUCCUUGAGGUGUCCUGUAGGGCUGUAGAAUUGGAUUGAUGUGGCGCAAUGGUACAGUAUAGGGUACAUUUCAGAACAUUUUUCUGUAUAUUCUUGUGUAUAUUUUGUACUUUUUAGGGUUAAUGACUUCUCUGUCCUCCGCUGUUAUACUAAAGUAUACAUACUUGUAAGUGUAAAUUAUUUCUAAUUUCAGAUUUUCUUAAUAUAAUUAGAAUGUAUUGCAUUGGAAAAUGAAGGGUCUGUGUAAAAAAAAAAUGCAGCUGUACAUUUGUAAUGUUUAUUUUUUACAGGAAAUGAAGGUUUUUUUUCUUUUUAAUAAAUUCCCAGCUGUUCCGCUUUCUGCUGCUGAGUGCUAUAGGAAAGUAGUUGGGGCUGGAGGGACGGUCAGUGGUUUCUGUAAUCGAGAGGAAGUGGGACAGAUCCUUGACACUGGCCUGGGGUUUCCUGGUUUUUUUGGUGGGUCAGUUCUUGGCAAGAAGAAUGUCACUGUUGUAAUGGUUUUUUUUUUUAAGUCUUGUUUUUUCUCUUUCAAAGCCAGAGUUUUAAUUUUGGAAUCUGAAGUCAUCUCUUGCUGGUAAAAGUAAAAGGAUGGAAAGGCGCCGGGUGUUUUUUUUACCCAGAGCCUGAUGGAUUGCCUUGGCUGCGGUAGUGACCUGUGACCUGCACACACUGGGCAGGAGGGAAGGCCCUGCUCACAGAUUGUGUGGCCGUCGUUUGUUGCUUUUUUUUUUUUGUUGUUGUUUUGUUGUGACCAACCAUGGGCUGAAAUCCCAUGCACGGAUACUGUAGCAUGAUUUGAAAUCGGUUUGAUAUUCGGAUAGAGAAGUCCUCAUGAGACAUUGCCUCUUUGCACGUCUGUGCGAGACUGUACUUGAUUUAACACCAGUGCAGAACUCUGGGAUAGAUUCUGUCACUUUUAUAUACUGAAGCUGCUUAGCCACAUAUAAGUGAGUGUAGUUCAGGAAUGGUUUCAAUUUUAAGGUUUUUAGCCAUUUGAAUCCUUAACUUUGUGGACUAUAUUUGUCCCUUCAGUUAUUCCGAUCAUGGGUUUAAGUACUAAAAUGGGAAUGUUACGGAGGUGUAGUUGACAUUUUGUAUGCGAGUUCUGCAUAUCGAAUGUUGUCUGGUGUUUUUUUUUUAAUGAAAUCACACCGGGAGCUGGGUGUUUAACAGAUUCUGAAAUUUUUAACAUCUUGGAAAAUGAUGUGAAUGCACAAUAAACUAAAACCCAACAGCCUC